GUGUUCUGUGACUUAACCUAUCUCCGAAAUGUUGAUAGUGUUCUGUGGUUGAUAGCUCAGAUUUUUCCAUGGAUUUUUGAGAGGAUCCUAUUUUUGAGUGAUUUUGAAAGAAAAAAAGUAAUAUGGGAGAUUGUAGUUUUGAAAUUCAAGGAGAGAUACAUAUUGGCGUUGAUGAUGUUAAGUUAGAAGAAAAAUUAGGAGUCAUUGACGUUUCUGAACAAUUCAUAGAUGAAGAAGGAGUUCAUGAAAGGGAAGAAUAUGUAAACAAGAUAGAAAGUUCCCUGAACUGCCUGGUUGAAGAAACGCCUCAAGAUUCUUUGAUGAAUAAUUUUGAAUCUGUUCAUUUGGAUAAAAGUUACGUGGGUGAUUGUCCUGCAAGUGAAACUCACACACAAUGUCAUAACACUGGCAGUCUGAAAGAUCAAAAAGUACAUGUAAAAUCUGAACAUUCAAGUAUCAAGGAUCACAAGUGUGAUCUGUGUGAUUUCGUGACAAGGUAUAAAAAAAACCUUGCUCUACAUAUCAAAUCCGUCCAUUCGAAUAUCAAGGACUACGGAUGUGACUUAUGCGAGUUUGUUACGAGUAGAAAAGGAGAUCUAAAUAUGCAUAUGAAAACUGUUCAUUUGAAAAUUGAGGAACACCAGUGUCACUUAUGUGAAUACUCAUCGAGACAUAAAAAAGAACUUGAAAUACAUGUGAAAUCUUUCCAUUUGAAUGCGAAGAAACUUGAGUGUCACCUAUGUGAUUAUAAUACAAAUAGGAAAAUCAGCCUUAAGAAACACGUCGAUUCUGUUCAUUUGAAAAUCAAGAUGCACAAGUGCCACCUAUGCGAUCAUGCUGCUAGUGAUAAAGGAAAACUUAAUAUACACAUAAAAUCUGUUCAUUUUAAGAUUAGGGACAACAAGUGUCAUUUAUGCGAAUAUGCUGCUAGCGAGAAAUUUACCUUGGACGCGCAUAUCAAAUCUGUUCAUUUCAAUAUAAAGGAACACAAAUGCGACUCAUGCGAAUAUGUUGCGAGUGAAAAAAGAUAUCUUAAUAUUCACGUGAAAUCCGUGCAUUUAAAGAUCAAGGAAAAUAAGUGUCACUUAUGUGACUUUGCCUGCAGCGUUAAAAGAUAUCUGGAAGCUCACAUUAAAUCCGUGCAUUUAAAGAUCAAAGAUAAUAAGUGUCACUUAUGUGACUUUGCCUGCAGCGUUAAAGGAUAUCUGGAAGCUCACAUUAAAUCUGUUCAUUUAAAAAUCAAGGAUAACAGAUGCCAUCUAUGCGAGUACGGAACUAGUAGAAAAGGUACCCUUCAGAGACACAUUAACUCUGUUCAUUUGAACAUCAAAAAAUACAAGUGUGAACAAUGUGAAUAUUCUGCGAGUGAGAAACUCAAACUUGAUCGUCAUGUUAAGGCCGUUCAUUUCAAAAUUAAGGAACACAAGUGUCACUUUUGCGAAUAUGCUGCUAGUGUGAAAAGUAACCUUGAUGUGCACAUAAAAUCUGUCCAUUUAAAUAUCAAGGAACACAAGUGUCACCUAUGUGAUUUUGUUACAAGUAGAAAAGAUGUCCUUCAGAGACAUAUCGACUCCAACUCCAAUCAUUUACAUCUCAAGAAAAACAAAUGUCAUUGAUGUCAAUAUGCCACUGGUGAAAAAAAAGACCACCAAACGCACACGAAAUGUGUUCAUUCGAAAAUUAAGAAACAUAAAUGUCACAAGCAGUAAAGAUACUCUUCGAAAUCACGUUAACUGUGCUCAUUUAAAUAUCAAGAAACACAA